AUGCCUGUCAUCCCCGAUUCGUCCGAUUUCCCGUCAGCCUCGAAGAAGGGUUCUACCGAGCCCCAGGCCAAGCCAGGCGAGCAACGUGAGAAAGCAUCGGCGAUGGACCAUCUUUCAAAGGGUCCUCAGAUUCCAGACGGUAAGAGAGCAGCCGGUUAUUCUGCUCAAUACCAGCAGGACAUCUUCACCGAACUACGCGCCGAGGAUGAGUUGGUUAUUCUUGCCCGUGGUCUGGGGCUCCUCCACCUCAUAACGAAUCUGCUUCACUUCUACGAUGCGGCGGGCAAUAAUUUGGUAUUGGUGGUAGGAGCGGAUGAUCGUGAAAAUGAGUGGAUUGGAGAAGGUAGGUUGGGCCGACUUAGAGAUUGCGAGUCGUUCGACGCUCAUAUUGGUUUCAAAGCAUUGGCGGAGCAUUAUGCGACUAGCAAGUCUCCACUUGCACGAGGAUUGAAGGUCAUCAAUACAGAGAAGGCUACGGUGUCAACGCGAGAACGAAUCUAUGCGGAAGGUGGUGUUCUGAGUGUGACAUCCAGAAUACUGGUCGUGGAUUUGCUGUCGAAGCUUCUUGAUCCUGAAAAGGUCACAGGAAUGAUCAUUCUACAUGCUGAUAAGUACAUUGGCCUUCUAACCGAUCGAUUGUGUUGGAUUGGCGACUCACAUUGGAACAGGGUCGUGGCGACCUCUUUGGAGGCAUUCAUAACUCGCAUCUAUCGGCAAUCGAACAAGCGGGGGUUCUUGAAGGCAUUUUCAGACUCCCCCGAGCCUUUCACGACCGGGUUCGCGCCACUGGCCAACAUGCUACGAAAUCUCUUCUUGCGAAAAGCUUCAUUAUGGCCUAGAUUCCAUGUCUCCGUAGCCGAGGCUUUGGAGGGUAAUCGUACGGCAGAAGUUAUCGAGCUGGAAGUUCCAAUGAGUGCCAAGAUGCGAGAAAUCCAAAACGCCGUUCUCGAGUGUGUUGAGAUUAGCAUUGCCGAGCUCCGGAAAUCUAACACGGGUCUAGACAUGGAAGAGUGGACCUUGGAUAGCGCCUUACACAGGAACUUUGACGUCUCGAUCCGGCGGCAAUUAGAUCCUAUAUGGCAUCGGGUCACUUUCAGGACCAGGCAGAUAGUCAGCGACCUGACAGAUCUUCGAGGCAUUCUUCAUGCUCUGCUAACCUAUGAUGCUGUAUCUUUCAUGAAAUACCUCGACACAAUUGUGUCGGCGCAUUCGCCGCCUCCGGGCUCCAACAAACACAACUAUUCUCCCUGGCUUUUCCUUGAUGCUGCCCACGUUCUUUUCCAGACAGCAAAGUCGCGAGUAUACCAGGGCAAGAUGACGGAUGAGAUGUCCCGGUCAUGGUCAUCAACCAACUUCUCAGCCGAGCUCAAGCCCGUUCUUGAGCCUCUACCAAAAUGGGAAGUCCUCGCCGAAGUUCUCGAGGAAAUAGAGCAGGAUGCUUAUCUGAACCCACUGAAUCCAACGGAAGACUCCAACGGCACGAUACUAAUCAUGUGUGGUGACCAACGCACCUGCCGUCAGCUUCGUGAAUAUGUGGGCACUAUGCAUGCCAGAGUCUCUCAUGCGUCAAACGGGAAUGAUGAGAAUGAAGAAGCUUUGGACGAGGAGGGAUCGUCUGCAGAAGUGAUGAUGCGACGUCGACUGCGUGAUUAUCUCAAUUGGAAAAGGUCCCUUUCCAAUGUCAAUAAAAACUUAUCCCAGCCCGGAGAAGGGGCCAAGCCUGGGGAAUCGCCAAGGCCGGGCCAGCAACAAGGGAGGCCUCCUCCAAAUAAGCGUCGACGAGUGCGUGGUGGUGGAGCAGUCAACUCUGCUUCUGGUCGCGUGCCAGACAGUAGUGUCCAAACGCAGGUCGAGUUGCCGGCCCAAGUCGUCAGCCUGCUGGAGGAAAUCCAGCCUACCGAGGUGGAAGAAAUCCAGAAAGAAGAGAUUGACGUUGACGAUCUAGAGGAUAUGGAGGAUUACUUUGAGUUAUAUGAGAUGAAUGAUCUGGUUAUGAUCCAUCCCUACGACGGCGACAUGGAUGAGCAUAUCCUAGAGGAGGUUCGGCCGCGAUAUAUUAUCAUGUAUGAGCCGGACGCAGCAUUCAUCCGCCGGGUGGAGGUCUAUCGCAGCUCGCACGUUGGGAGAGUUGUGAAGGUCUACUUCCUCUCCUACGAGGGAUCCGUUGAGGAGCAGCGAUAUUUGAGUGCCGUGCGACGAGAGAAGGAUGCGUUCUCGAAAUUGAUCAAAGAAAAAGGAAAUAUGGCGGUUACUUUGACGCAUGACAAGAGCGCCGAAGAUCCCCAAGAACAAUUCCUACGCACUGUCAAUACUCGAAUUGCGGGCGGCGGAAGGCUCGCUGCGACGGCAGCUCCUCCUCGGGUGGUAGUCGAUGUGCGCGAGUUUCGCAGUGCUCUCCCAUCUCUACUGCAUGGAAACAAUAUGAUCGUAAUCCCCUGCCAAUUGACCGUCGGAGAUUACAUUCUCACGCCAGACAUCUGCGUCGAGCGCAAAUCUAUUCGCGACUUGAUUGCUUCGCUUCGUAAUGGUCGUCUCUAUAACCAGGCUGAGACAAUGAUCCAACACUACAAGACUCCACUCUUAUUGAUUGAGUUCGACCAGAACAAGUCCUUCACCUUUGAUGCAUUUGCAACCAUCUCCACCGGCACAACAUUCUUGACUGACUACGGCUUCUCGUCCUCGGGACAAGCGACUAGCACAAGUACCAGCGCACAUACUAAUCCAUCAAAUCCGAAGUCUGCACAACAUUUGUUAGUUCUGCUAACACUCGCCUUCCCACGACUCAAGAUUAUCUGGUCCUCAUCGCCCUAUCAGACGGCCGAAAUUUUUGCGGAGCUCAAGAAGAAUGCCGCGGAGCCUGAUCCUCUUCGCGCUGUCCAGAUCGGUCUGGACAUUGACAUAUCAGGCGCUACUGGUGAUGUCAUGGCUGCAACUGGCAUCGAACACCGGACAUUUAAUCUGCUGCCGCAGGACAUGCUCCGGGCCGUACCAGGUGUAACUCCCCAAGCCCUCGAUCGGCUCAUUCUUGAAACGGAAAACCUGCAUGAGGUCGCUAAUAUGAGCGUGGAGCAGCUGGAUCCGCUGGUCGGAAAGGAAGCAGCUCGAAAGAUUGUUGCUUUCUUCCGGAAGAGUGUCUUUGACGAUUAA